UAUCUAAAUUAUAGAGUUCAUCAUCUCAAUAGGAUUCGCAAAACGCAUCUUAGUAUAUAAUUAUAUAGUGGGGGCACUAUGAAUGGUUUGAGCUUGUAUUAUCAAUCACAACGAACUCCCACUUAAUUUCGUUAUCAAAGAACUUGGCGAGAGAGAGAACUCAAGAAGAAGAAAGAUGAUGAUGAUGGUAAUGGAAAACGAGUUUCAAGAACGUAGCAAUCUGAACAUCAACGACAUUGAUCUCUCUCUCCUCCGCCUCUCCUCCCCACCACCUUACGACUACUCUCGCUCCUCCUUCCUCUCCGCCGCUUCUCCUGAUGAUAUCAGCCCCUUGAAACGCUCCUCCCCUGUUUCCGACGAGUCAGAUCAGCCCAAACGCAGGAGAGUCUCCCUCCAAGACCCGAUCUUUAUCACGUCUCCUCUCAGCUCCAUCGACGACCCGACCCGCAAAAGCCCUGUUCCCGAGAAGCAAGAAACGUCGCCGUUUGAUUCCAAGAGUUUUGAAACAGAGAGGAUGAAGAUGGUUAACAAUCACGUUGAGGAGAUCACUCACGAAGAGACUAACUAUGAUACUUAUGAAGAGAUCUACCGAGAAGAGACUAACUAUGAUGCUUAUGAGACGCAGCAAGAAGAAGAGUGUGGAGAAGGGAUGAGGAUAGAGAGAUCUGGAGAUGGAUUUGUAAUUAGAUUGAAGUGUAGAUGCAAGCUAGCUUACAGGAUUCUCUUCUCUGAUCAUCACCUCUACUUCAAGUCCCUCUAAAGCUUUCACUUGUGUGUCUGAUUUAGUUACUUACUAGUAUCUGCCUACUCUAUCAUUUGUUGUAACGCUUUUUUUCUUAUUUGUUUGGACUAUGAAAACAUAGUUAAAGAGAAACAAAGUUGUACAGUGCGAUGCUCAGAGAAAGAACUCUGUUUUGUGUUUGUAUUGAAGAUUGGAAUACAAAAAGGUUACAACUU